UCCAUUUUUCAGAGCCCUAUCAGGUUUGUGUCUUGACUCUUGAGCUCAUUGUGCACGGAAACCCAACCGAACUAAGCGCCGACACAACGCACUUCCCUUUUUAUGGGUCUGGUCUCAUAAUACCCACUGUAGAACGUCCCACUUCUCCCUGCGGUGAGACAAGCUGAUCGAAGGAUAAUGUCGGAUCCAGUGCCCAUCGUGAGGACACGACUGGCAUCGCCGCGCAUCGACCCAUUCGGAGCGCCUUCCCGUGAUGAUGAUGACGCACUGCUUUCUACCUCAUUAUCGUCCUCUGCGCAUCUGUCUUGGUACGACUCAUGCAAUGGCGGAUUGCACAACUUCCUUAAGGCUACCGGAUCGUCGCCCUCUGGGAAAUCAACGUCUUCCAGCAAGGUGUAUUAUGGUCAUGCAGCCGGGAGAUUACAUUCACUCCCCACCACCCCUUCCACGACCAGCCCUCCUUCAGGAAUGGUCCUUGAUAUGGUGCCUCCGAACUUACCCAAGUUCCAUAGUGCAGCAGAGGACCUCACCGAGAGGAUCGAAUCACACCAAGCCAUUGCUCAGGGUGGUUAUUCCCAAGUGUGGAGGGGCUUGUGGAGAAAAUUUGAGGGCGAAUUAAUUGACGUGGCCAUUAAACGUUUACAUGCAAUGGAUGCCACCUGGACACCCGAAGAACAGCAGAGGAAAGCUUUAAAGCGUUUGCUCCGCGAAAUGAAGGUUUGGAGGUCCCUCGAGCAUCCCAAUGUGGCUCCAUUCUAUGGUUAUAUGUGGGAAGAGAUAAUAGUUGGCACCUUCACUGCCAGCAUCGUCACCCGGCACUACAAAAAUGGGCACGUGUACAACUAUCUCAAGAACCAACGCGAUGCGGAUCGUAUGCUGCUGUGUCAUGAUGUCGCCAACGGUGUCGCACACCUACAUUCCCGACUUCAUCCGGUAGUGCAUGGGGACCUCAAAGCUUAUAACAUUCUGGUGGAUGAUAAUGGACGUGCCGUCCUUUGCGAUUUUGGCUUGUCACAGAUGCUCGACAAUUCUGCCAGCGGCUUCACGUCGUCUGUCAUCGGAGGAACAACAAGGUAUCUUGCACCGGAACUCACACGUGGCGACGCUCGGACCACUGCAAGUGAUAUGUACUCAUUUGCCUGUGUUUGCAUGGAGAUUUUGCAUGAAGAGAUACCUUACAAUGACAUCAAGUACGACACUCCAGUGACCCGGGCGAUCGAUGAAGGCAUUCUCCCCUAUGAUCUACUCCCUCUUGUGUAUUCCGCCAAUCCUGACUCAAACAUGCCAUCGUAUCGAGAGCCAAAAUCACGACUCCCAGCCAGCCUGAUCGGGCUUUUUCACGGCUGCUGGGAAAGGGAUCCUCAUGACCGUCCGGGUAUCAAAUAUGCGAUCACUCGUCUACCCCCUGUCGCAGCCGAAGCAGCCGAUGCGGAACAGACUGAUGGAGGUUUCGACGUUGACGAAAGCGACUUUGAGGAUGCUCUCACCCGGGCCACAACUUCAGUCACAGGUGACGCAUCCUUCUCGAAUUGGGAAAGUCAGGAGGUGACGCCCCGAGGGCAUGGGCGAUUGGAAUUGAAUGAGCCUGAAAGAAUAAGCAAGCCCAUGACUAGGACAGAUGACUUGCCAGCCCCAGGUUCUUCAAACCCAGGACCCGCGUAUCAGGAUGAUUCUGCCGCUCAUCGUACCUUUGACACGUUCAAAAUCUAUGGGUUCUUCAAAUCAGCCAAGGACAGGAUCACCAAAUGAGAAUGCCGUGGCCAACUUGUGUGGGGCCACCAGUUUAUCCAGACCUGAUCAUUGUCUCCGGGCCUCUUUCCGUAAAAUAUCAC